UUAACAGGAGUAAACUGUGUUUGCCUGACUCUCUCUAUAACUGUCUUACUCGCCUCUGUCCAUUAUAAGCCUCAAGACGAGAGGAAAUCAUCAGGAAAAAAUGACUAGAGGACACACCUUCAUCUGUCUUCUGCCUUUACUGAUUGGGUAUUCAUCUCAGUCCUGUGAGAAGGAGACCGACUGCCCCAAAGACAACCAGGAUGUUUACGGCAAGGAAGUGACACAGAUCCCAGUAAGUCUGAAAGCAGGUGUCACAGAGGUCUUCUUUGUGGAAAGUAACAUCAGUGUCAUCCCAAAGGGGGCCUUCGCCACCAACCCGAGUCUGGAAAAGGUAGAGUUCAUCACCACCCCCACCGUGUCCAUAGAGAACGGUGCUUUCGAGGGAUUGGUCGACCUCAAGCAUAUUGAGAUCUCCAGUACCCCACUAACAUCCUUGUCUGUAGACGUCUUCCAAGACCUGCACAACCUGGAAAAACUUCUGCUGAAACUCAACAAGAUCCAUAGUCUGGAGAAAGGAUUGUUUGAUGGCCUUAAGAAACUGAGAGAACUCCAAUUACACAUAAACAAGAUUGACACCAUCGAGGAGGGGACAUUUGAUGACCUAGAAAACCUUCGGACCCUCCAUCUGGCCAAAAACCACCUCAGUUCUGUGUCCUCCGCCCUGUUCUCAAAGCUGCACAAACUGGAGGUACUGAGGCUCUAUGAGAACCAACUUACCGCCAUUCCUGACGAUAUAUUAGAAAAUCUUUCCAAUUUAAAGGAGAUCGCUCUACAGGGUAACAAAAUCACUUCAAUAUCAGCCAAUUUGUUCCCACAUAAAGACAAAUUAAACAAGAUACUUUUGGACAAUAACAUGUUGACUGAAUUGCCUCCAGAAAUAUUUGUGGGCUUUCCUCUGCUUAAAACAUUGACACUAAAUGGAAAUAAACUUGCAAGUCUACCCCCUGUCCUCUUUGGAGAGAUGCCCAAACUGACUGAGUUGAGUCUCAGUCGAAACAUGAUUACCAGCCUUCCUCAGGGAGUAUUUAGUCCUCUAAAGAAACUCAGGAAGUUGGAUCUGUCUAACAACCAAUUGUUCACCGUGUCUGAAGAGUCUUUUGAGGGCCUUGAGAAGCUAACAGAACUCAAUCUUCAAUACAACCACAUCAAAUCAUUGAAAGCAAACACCUUUGAAAAGCUGACAUCACUAACCACCCUUAGACUGGCUCAUAAUAGCCUGUGGAGACUUCCAGAGGAUAUAUUUGACCCCUUACCAAAACUCAGCAAAGUCUAUUUAAACAACAACACUUGGGAUUGUGACUGCAGGAUGGUCCCCCUCUUCAAUUGGAUGAAGGCAAACCCUGGCAAGAUCAAGUCUAUGUCUCCUGAGAUCUGUAACCAGCCGGAGGAGUUAAAGGGACAAGAAAUCAUGUCUCUCAAAGAGGACCAGCUCAUAUGUCCUAUAACUCCUCUGACCACCAUCCCUUCACUCACCACAACCACCACCACCACCACAACCCAAACAAACACACCACUUGUAACCACCAUGCCCACUACUAGAGUUACAACUACAUUGACAACCCCUCAGCCACCUACAACCACUCAGCCAACUACUCUACCCACUACGACACCAACAACCACAGAACCUACGACUACUCAGCCACCUACAACUACUCUGCCAACUACAACAACUUUGCCAACCACAAUGGCCACCACAACUGAAGCCACCACCCCAACUACAACCACCAUUGUGACCACCUCACUAAUAACCACAACUCUGAUACCCACCACGAAAGGGACAACCACAGCACUGACUACAACCACAUUACCCACAUCUGCAAAAAUCACCACUUUAGCCCCUUCAACAACCACCACUUUAGCCCCUACCACAACCACCACCUUGGCCCCCACCACAACCACAGCUCCUACAACAACCACCACCUUCGCUCCUACUACAACCACAGCUCCUACCACAACCACCACUUUAGCCCCUACCACAACCACCACUUUAGCCCCUACCACAACCACCACCUUGGCCCCCACCACAACCACAGCUCCUACAACAACCACCACCUUCGCUCCUACUACAACCACAGCUCCUACCACAACUACCACUUUAGCCCCUUCCACAACCACAGCACCUACCACAACCACCACCUUAGCCCCUAACACAACCACAGUUCCUACCACAACCACCACCUUAGCCCCUAACACAACCACAGCUCCUACCACAACCACAACCACCUUAGCCACAACCACAACCACUGUCACAACCUCAAUACCCACCACCACACUUUUUACCACUUUCCCAACAACCACCAUCACAAGAACCACCCGGAGAACCACCAUCACAAGAACCACCUGGAGAGACUCAACACAGCCACUGACCACGUCAAGGAUCUUCAGCUGUCCCAACAUAGCACCUUCUCGUCACCCGUCCCCCUCCUACUACACCCGUCAGGCCUGGAGCAAGACCUCGCAGUGCAGGGCCCAGAUGAUAUCCUACACAGCCAUGCUGGUGGUGGAGAUAGGCUGCACCCUGGUGCUGGCUAAGUUCACCCUGUCUCUGUACAGCUUGCUCCAGUGCAGGGAGAGGCUGUACACCCGGGUCAACCUGACUCACUUUUCCUACAGAAAGGAGGUCACGCUGAGGCCAGUCAAGGUGACAGAGACUGUGGGUCUGUGAUCAGGGGGGGGGGGGGGGGCACAUGAUUGUGCAAAUCACAAGGCCCUAGUGAUGCGGUAAGGCAGAAGAAAAUAGGGAAUGUUUGUCAUCUUUUCUGAAAAAUAAAUAAACACAAACAUAUGAAUCAUUCAAACAUA